AUGACACAGAUGAUAGAGAUGAUAGGAUCAUGCACUUCAAUUGAUAAGUUCAACAACUACCUCACCAGUAUGACUCAACAACAACAGUCGACGGCAAUCAAACAACACUUUGAUGACAAUGAAUUAUAUAGUAUGAUCACUGGUUUUAUGAAGCUUGUUCCUCCAUAUGACGGCAAGGACAAAUCUCUGGCCAAACCAAAUAGUGUCUUUGUUGAUACCAACAGAUUGAUGGCUAUCAAAAAGCAGAUUGAGUCAUGCUUUCUAAUCAUUGAACAAAGAAAUCAGACUUCCACAACAAAUGAAGAUGCUCCCGAUCCAGACGUUGGAGGUGAACUCAACGGACAUGCGAUAUCAGUGGGAGAGCAUGGUUCGGAACCAUGCUCUUUGUUCUCGCUGGAAACUUCCAAAUGGACAACAAUUAGAGAUGUAUUUAACAAUCGGGAUCAAGUUUCUACUGCGGUGGUAUACGCCAGAGGUGAUGUCUAUUUAUUUGGAGGAGAUUGCUCCAAAGGCGACAAGCCAAGGUACUACUCAAGAUACUCCCUAGCUGAGAAGAAGUCCUACCGAUAUGACAUCGUUGGCAUCUAUGGAGGCAGCAAUAUUUCUACUUGCUACGAUGGUGACAAUCUCAUCUACCUAAUUGGAGGCUACGAAAACAUCAAUCAUAUGACUGACCUGCCGUACAAUGGAAAUCAGUUGAGAAGGGUGGAUUGCUUCGACAUCACAUUGCAACAGUUCAAAAAUGUUGGAGAGCUCGACUUCGAAGUGACCGAUGUCAGUUCACACUUCCACAACAACUUGAUCUACAUCACUGGAGGUGGCCAGGGAUUGUUUACAUUCAAUGUUGGAACCAAAGAGACUUCCAUUCUCAAGAAAGACAUACCAGGCUAUUACAUAAGAAGCUGUUUCGAUGGCUAUGACAAACUAUAUAUGCUAGAUCACUAUGAUAACUUCCUACAGUAUAGUAUCUCCACACAACAUAUUACCAACCUAUCCAAGCUACCACUAUCAACCAGAGUUGAGAAACUAUUAUACGACCGAUACUUUGGCAUCCUAUUCCUUGGCGGCAAAGGCAACAACUAUCAAUACUCAAUACAAGAGAACCAAUGGACACUGAUCAAAGAUGACGACCCAAGGAAUUCUCGCAAUUGGCAUGGAGGAUGUAUUAUUCGUGAUUGA